AUGAAUUCACUGUGCCCGUUUAUAUACCAUACCCACAUACCCAACUCUCACGUGCAAUCCCUGUCCACAUACCCAACCCUCACGUGCAAGCCCUGCCGAUAUACCCAACCCUUACGUGCAAGCCCCGUCCACUUACCCAACCCUCACGUGCUCGCCCCGUCCACAUACCCAACCCUCACGUGCACGUCCCGCCCACAUACCCAACCCUCAGUGCACACUCCGUCCACAUACCCAACCCUCACAUGCACGUCCCGCCCACAUAUCCAAACGCUCACAUGCAAGCCCUGUCCACAUACCCAACCCUCACGUGCUCGCCCCGUCCACAUACCCAACCCUCACGUGCACGCCCCGUCCACAUACCCAACCCUCACGUGUAAGCCCCGUCCACAUACCCAACCCUCACGUGCACGCCCCGCCGACAUACCCAACCCUCACGUGCACGUCCUGCCCACAUACCCAACCCUCAGUGCACACUCCGUCCACAUACCCAACCCUCACAUGCACGUCCCGCCCACAUAUCCAAACGCUCACAUGCAAGUCCUGUCCACAUACCCAACCCUCACGUGCUCGCCCCGUCCACAUACCCAACCCUCACGUGCACGCCCCGUCCACAUACCCAACCCUCACGUGCUCGCCCCGUCCACAUACCCAACCCUCACGUGCACGCCCCGUCCACAUACCCAACCCUCACGUGCUCGCCCCGUCCACAUACCCAACCCUCACAUACACGUCCCGCCCACAUACCCAACCCUCACGUCCCGCCCACAUACCCAAACGCUCCCCAACGCGCCACGCCCUCGAGCCCAACCUCUGCCUGCAAGCCACGCCCUCGAGCCCAACCUCCGCCUGCAAGCCACGCCUCUUCCUCCCGCCAGGCCCUCUUCACCUGGGUCUCCGCACGUACGUUUCCCGCCGCCACCUGCCUCUGGCCUGCGUCUUUCGGGGGAAGCAUUGGGUUGCAAGGCCGGCGCUCAUGAUCUAUGCAACUGUCAUCGUGAUAUGAAGGAAAUGCCGCACGCCCACUCGCCCUCACGCAUAUCGGAUUCCUGCUGCCCCUCCGCCCAUCCGAUGAAACGCAACAUGAAAUCGAACAUCGCUGCAGCAGUUGUAUGUCCUGUGUAUGAAUGUCUCUGCGACGAUGUGGGUGCGAUGUUGUUCUUGAGCGACGAUUUUACUCAAGCUCUUGUUUAA